AUGCCAGAUCAAGAGAAAGCCCUAGAAAGCCUCUGCAAAAAUGCAUCAAAGUACAUCAAAGACUUUGGUGACCCCCAAGUGUUAAACCUCACUAAAGCUUGGUGCUCGAGGGCAGGGACAGCACAAGUCGGUGGCUCUCAAAUCAUAUGGGACUCAUCAGAGGAGCUUUUAGAAGAAACGUUCCCAAAUGCCAUCUCCAGAUCUGACCCGCGUGGGGAGGGGAGAGGGGGACCUGAGUCAUACCCUACCCCAGAAUCCAUGUCAAAAAGCCAGGGGCGGUGGCAUGCAUCUGCAGUCAUCACAGUGCUGGGGAGCCAAGGACAGGAGGAUUCCCACGACUUGCUGGCCAGCAAGACUAGCCAAACUGGCAAGCUCCAGGUUCGAUUCAAGAACACAGUGGAUGGGCCCAUAUGGUCAGGUUUGGUUUCACCAGGAAGACAGAGUUGGGUUCUAGACUUCCUUGGGCUUUCUUAUUCCCCAAGGAAAAGUGAGUAUGCAAUCCGCCCAUUCCUGCAGCCCCAUGAUGCAGGACAACCAGAAGCGACAGGGAGUCAGAGUAGGAACUCAGUUUAUUACUGUGAUUGUCUGCUUACAAAGGGUCCUGACUCUUGUGUUCCUUUGGUCCUAGGCGAGCCUGUCCAGCCUCCCAAUGGCAGCUGGCCCUUGAGUCAGAAUGGGAGUGAGGCUGAGGCUGCCCUGGCCGCCAGCCCUAUCUUCUCCUCCUACUACCAGCAUUCCUCGCCAGUGGCCGCCAUGUUCAUCGUGGCCUACGCCCUCAUUUUCCUCCUCUGCAUGGUGGGCAACACCCUGGUCUGCUUCACUGUGCUCAGGAACCAGCACAUGCGCACCGUCACCAACAUGUUCAUCCUCAACCUGGCCGUCAGCGAUCUGCUGGUGGGCAUUUUCUGCAUGCCCACCACCCUUGUGGACAACCUCAUCACUGGUUGGCCUUUUGACAAGGCCACAUGCAAGAUGAGCGGCUUGGUGCAGGGCAUGUCUGUGUCUGCAUCUGUCUUCACGCUGGUGGCCAUCGCCGUGGAAAGGUUCCGCUGCAUCGUGCACCCUUUCCGCGAGAAGCUGACUCUCCGGAAGGCGCUGCUCACCAUCGCAGUGAUCUGGGCGCUGGCGCUACUCAUCAUGUGUCCCUCGGCGGUCACUCUGACCGUCACGCGCGAGGAACAUCACUUCAUGCUGGACGCUCGCAACCGCUCCUACCCGCUCUACUCGUGCUGGGAGGCCUGGCCAGAGAAGGGCAUGCGGAAGGUCUACACCGCAGUGCUCUUUGCUCACAUCUACCUGGCGCCGCUGGCGCUCAUCGUGGUGAUGUACGCGCGCAUCGCGCGCAAGCUGUGCCAGGCCCCGGGCCCAGCGCGCGACGCGGAGGAGCCGGUGGCUGAGGGUGGCCGCGCUUCGCGCCGCAGGGCUCGCGUAGUGCACAUGCUGGUCAUGGUAGCGCUCUUCUUCACGUUGUCCUGGCUGCCGCUCUGGGCGCUGCUGCUGCUCAUCGACUACGGGCAGCUGAGCGAGGCGCAGCUGAACCUGCUGUCCGUCUACGCCUUCCCGCUGGCACACUGGUUGGCCUUCUUCCACAGCAGCGCCAACCCCAUUAUCUACGGCUACUUCAACGAGAACUUCCGCCGUGGAUUCCAGGCUGCCUUCCGUGCACAGCUCUGCCGGCCACCCUGGGGAGCCCACAAGCAAGCCUACUCCGAGAGGCCCGGCCGCCUCCUGCGCAGGCGGGUGGUGGUGGAUGUGCAGCCCAGCGACUCGGGCCUGCCAUCCGAAUCUGCCCCCAGCAGCGGGGCGGCAAGGCCUGGCCGCCUGCCUUUGCGCAAUGGGCGUGUGGCCAACCUGGAUGGGCCCCGGGAAGGACCUGACUGCAACCAUGUGCCCCUCACCAUCCCAGCCUGGAACAUCUGA